AUGCGAACGGUGCUACGAAGCGCCCUCCAAGGCAAGAUGCAGUCUGAAGAUCUUCCAACCCAAACGCUUCCCGAAGCUCAAAGCGGUUGUGGAAGAUUAGAUGAUGUUGAAAAAUGUGCCUGCGAUGGAGAUGAGCCACAGGAAUACUUGAUUUCAGAAUCACUCCAACAAGACGGUUCCCCUCCCAUUUUCUGUGACCCUGUUCGUCGGGUGAAACGUAGCGCUUACCGUCGGACACGACCGGUGGGUAAGCUAUAUCCGAAUUGGCAGUUGCAUGUUGAACGAAUAAAGCAAGAUAAGUCCGAUUGGCAUAUUCGCUGCACAUUCAGUCAUAGCAGAUUGCAAAGUUGUCAGGCUAAUCAGUUGCAUACGGCAGAGCAAAAAAAUCCGUGCACUUCCCAUGAACAAUUAGGAUUACUGGAAGCAUUGAAUGCUCGUCGUCAGGCUUAUCUGGAUUUACCUGUAGAAAUACGGUAUCCAUUCAACUAUGUGGCCAAUCUGUUUGAAGAUGCAUCUCCACAGUCCUCUCCAUUUCACGAGAUGUAA